GACACGGACUUACUUCCCCUGUUUAACCUAUAUCCCACCUACACCUAGGUAUGUGUUUACGUGGACGGACUGACCUGGUUAUUCGUGCGGAACACGACUCAGUCACACGUAACAGCUUUGCUGCGACGCUCGGAGGUCGUCAUACGUUUGUACUCCUUGGCGACGAAUAUUCAAAUGAAGACGGACACCAGACAGGUUCUAUGAAGUCAUUCCACAGCAAAAGAAGGCGGCCUUACAGAAGUUUUACACGCCAUUGUCAGGCUCUCUGACUAACUAGGCUUUUGAAUUGUCAAAAUAGACGGUUGGUAGCGAAGUGACCAAAGUGUUUAUCACCAUUACGGAUAUCAAAGGUUCAUCCCCGGCUGGGACAUAACUCUGUUAGCAGCCUGCACAGAAGUAAACACAGGAAUAGGAAGAAAAUUAAGUAGCCGAAUAGUCAAGAAGAUACUAGGAACCACAUCGAGGAACUGUAAUGGGUGACGAUGACUGAGCAGCAGAAGUCACCAAGCUCCUACUCACCGAGUUUGGCGGAAGUUGAGAGAACUGGACGCAAGGUUGUACCAAAGAAACUUGUGAAGGGUGGAACCUCUCACAUGUUCAGAAAUAUUUCUCAUUGCAACAGGUUCUCGAUCUUUAAACAGAGUGAGGAGGUGAAACAUGUUUCAGUCAACUCAGAUGAUGUUUGCGUAUUUUGAAGAUGCAAACCUUGGCAGGUACGAACACCUUUGUGAGACCUACACGUGGACAGGUGUGUGUCGCAAUGGUGUCAACUGUCGACAUUACCACAAUCCUGAACGUCUGCCAUACCUGUGGCUGAUUGGAAGGGAGGGACAGUGGAGCAAAAGCCCCGACAGUGUCGCACUCGAGAAGCACUUUUGUAAAGUUGAAGAAUUUAAACCGAAGGUUCCUGAUGACUUCAUUAACUUCAGUGCCUUGUCAAUCACAGAGGAAAGUGAAGAAAGAAAUCAUUCACCUACUCUCAGGCGACUGUCAACGCCAUCAUAUGUAGAUGCAACGCCAGGAAUUCCUCUUAACUUCUACACUCAGUGGGUCUGGUACAGCGAAGAAUAUGAUGGCUUCUACACCCCGUUCUACCCGGGAAGCCUGCAGUACACUCUGGAGGAGAAGUACCUCAAGGAUCAGGGCAAGUACUACUUCGAGAUUGAAGACCUGCGCCUGAUGGUGGACACGGGGAGUAUGAAACAAACCAAUCUGGACACGAAGCGAUCCACUAAACUCAUUCGACGACCAGUCUUUGUACCCCGUGACAAAUUAGAGGCCCCAGAGAUGUCCCCGCUGCUGCUUCACGAUGUUGCUGAGCACGUGCAUCAGGUGCCUGACACCUGGUCUGUCGUGGAUCGUUUCCAGGACUUCGAGCUCGUUGAGCUGGAUUCAGAUAACUCAGAUUACUGUGCCGUACACCGACAGUUCUUCUUAACCAUGGAUGUCACCAAGCACAAUAUUGUCAACAUCUUCCGCGUGCAGAACCCGGGGCUGUGGGAUAAAUACUGCAGCGCCAAAAGAGCCAUGACUCCUAAAGAUCAGGUACAAAAAGGGGUAGACGAGCGUCAGUUAUUUCACGGAACCCCGACACUUCAGGCGGCCAGGGGCAUCUGUGCCAACAGCUUCGACUUCCGCAGGUCUGGAGAGAAUGUUGGAGCUGUCUUGGGCAAGGGAGCUUACUUCUCCACCACAGCUAAGUACAGCCAUAAGUUCACAAGUGUUCACAUCCCAGCCAAGGGCGACCCAACGCGGUUCAUGUUCCUGGGAAGGAUCCUGGUGGGACAGUACACUCUGGGUCGUUCUUCCUACACCAAACCACCAGAGCGUGUCCGACUAAAGUUGUACGAUUCAUGCGUGGAUAAUUUGUCCAACCCCACCAUCUUUGUCAUCUUUGACCUGACACAGAGCUACCCGGAGUAUCUGAUCCAGUACACAGAUGUUUCAGGCAACAGACGUAAGGCACAAGGCCAACGACCCAAACAUAUAUCACAACUCAACAGAUCCCACCAGCCAUAGACACGUCAGUGUCUUUAUUAGCAAGAUCCUCACAUCACCAGUUGCCUUCACUAAAUUCUCAGACGAGUUCAGUACUGCCCUCUACACUCGGACACCAAAGCACGUCGUCUACUGCAACAUCUACCACUACAUCUACACCAGCCUUGUCAACAUUCUCACUUGCAGUAUCGCAAAUGUUAUCAGAAUAUUCACUGUCACGCACAUAUCGGGAGAUCGACGUCAGCAACUUCUUCUACAUCAGCGCCAUCAUCAGUAAACUGGCCUUCUCAGGUAGAUUAUGAAGAGGCUAUGGACUGGUUGCCGAGCAGUGGUUCUUAACCGGGGUUCGAUCGAACCCUAGGGGUUCGGUGAGUCGGUCUCAGGGGUUCGGCGGAGCAUCCGUCACAGAGGUCAAGACACACCCGCAAUUCGUGAUGACACUAAAGAAGGGUUCGGUGAAUGUGCAUAUGAAAUUGUGGGUUCGGUACCUCAAACAAGGUUAAGAACCACUGUUGUAGAGGGACAAGAAAUGUUGUUGCUGUUACAGAUGGGUUUCGAUUUCGUGAAUGUUAAGUAGUCUGCAUAUUCUGCAGAGGACAGUAAUCAUUCCAUUAGAUUCUCCAGUGUGUGUGCACUCAAGACCUACUUAAUACACUCCUGUAGAAAUAUUCUGGCCAAUUUUGCAGAAUAUGAAUUCAAUAUUUUUCUGGAAAUUAUUUUGAAAAAUAUUUGUCACCUAGAUUUUUAAAAACUUUGAAGUACAUAAUUUUACUUUAUGAAUUAACACUUUCAAAGUGUAUUCUCUAUUGGUAAUGUCGUUAAAUUAUUUUUCUCCAAGUUAUACCUGUCUUAAUGGGAAGGUUUGUUCUGUUUUAAAGAGAAUAAAUUGUUAUUAAGCUUGAAUUUGUUUCUCAAAUACUGGUUGUCUGUAACCCUUACACAAGUGCAUGAAUUUAAAAGAAGCAGCAAAAUAUUUAUUUCUCACGUAAAUUUUAAAAGUGAAUUUGUAACAACUUUUUUUGUAGGUGAUACUAUCCAAAUACA